CCCCCCCCCAUCCUCCCCCAUCAUGGCCUCAAUGGGUUCAAUCCAACCCUACGGGCACCUCAUCCGGUCAGCCCGGACCAACCUCACCUACGUGCCACGCCGCACCCUGACCUCGACCGCCAUUCGGUAUGCGCAGGAGGGUAACAACGACAACAACGCCCCCAACAACAAGCCCAACCCCGAGACCCAAACCUCCAAGCCGUCCGCCCUCUCCUCCAUCAAGAACUUCUUCUUCGGCGGCGGCAGCAAAUCCGACGCCCCGAAGCCCACCAUCCGCCCGGUCACCGCGCCCCCGAAGCGCGAGGGCUCUCUCGGCACGGACUCGAUUUUCUCGGAGGAUGAAGCCGGCCCGAAGCUGAUCACCACGGGGCGCACCCCGACGAGCCGUAAGACCACCGCCGCCAGCACCACCACCGCCGACGGGCAAGGGCCCACGGAGGAGGAGCGGGCGGCGGCGGCGGCGCAGCGGACGUUCGCGGUGGAGAAGCGCGACCGGUCGAUGCUGCAGGCGGUGCUGGACCCGAAGCCGCGGACGCGGCUGCGGUGGGAGAAGAAGAUGGUGAUCCGCGAGGUGCGGCGCCGGGGCCGGCUGACGCGGGCGGAGCAGAUCAUGCGCACGGAGCGCGAGUCGCUGGUCAAGUCGCACUUCUUCAAGACCUCGAUCAAGAAGCUGGGCCCCCUGUGCCGCCAGAUCGCCGGCAAGAGCAUCGACGAGGCCAUCCUGCAGAUGCGCCUCAGCAAGAAGAAGGCCGCCAAGGACGUCCUCGAGCACCUCAAGCACGCCAAGAACAUCGCCAUCGUGCGCUCCGGCAUGGGCCUGGGCGCCGUCGUCCCCAAGGUCGAGGAGGCCGAGGAGGCCACCGCCGCCGCCGCCGUCGUCCCCAAAAAGCCCACCCCGCAGCCCGUCACCAUCACCCUCAAGGACGGCUCCAAGAAGACCAUCACCGACCCCACCGCCAUCUACAUCGACCAGGUCUGGGUCAACCGCGGCCCCUACGGCUACGAGGCCGACCACCGCGCCCGCGGUGUCAUCAACAUGAUGCGCCCGCCCCACACCGGCAUGUCCGUCCUGCUGAAGGAAGAGGCCACCCGCAUCCGGGAGUGGAAGGAGCGCGAGGCCCGCGAUCUCCGUCGCCGCAAGGCCCAGCUCUGGACCCCGCUCCCCGACCGCCCCAUCACCCAGCAGAACCAGUACUACUCGUGGUAGAUGGACUGAUCUGACGAGUGGUUGUAAUCUUUUUUUUUUUUUUUU